CAGAGCAAAUGCCAAAGCAAAAGCUGUGUUACUGCACGUCUCUCACAACACAAGCUGUACUACUGCAAACACAAAACAGAGCAAAGUACACGGACAGCAAACACACCAACAACAAAUACCCCGUUUAACAUUUGCGUCAUGUAGAUAGUCGAGUCUGCAGAGGGGAAAUAACACAAUUAUUUGCUGUAACUUGUUUUGCAUACGCUUCUUUUGCAGGUCGUCUUCUGAAAGCUCAAAGAGUAAACAAACAACAUCUCCACAUCAGUCCAGUGCUGAAGACACACAUGGCGGAACCGGAGCUGUCGUCCCCAGUGGGCUCGUCCCUGCAGUCCCAGCGCUCAGCGGCGCUCUCGUUGUCUUUCCCGUUCCUGCGAGAGGGCAGCGGCGUGUGGGAGAGAGGAACUCUGCAGCCGGGAGAAUUACCCAGUCCUCUACCCACCAAACGCACACGCACAUACUCCACGACUGUACGUGCUAACGCGGGACCCGUCUUUAAGGGUGUGUGUAAGAACUUCUCCAGAUCACAGGGUCACGGUUACAUCAGACCGGCUCAUGGAGGAGAGGACAUCUUUGUGCACAUCUCAGAUGUUGAAGGCGAGUAUGUUCCGAUGGAGGGAGACGAGGUGACGUACAAGGUGUGUCCUGUCCCACCCAAGAACCUGAAGGUGCAGGCCGUGGAGGUCACCAUCACCCACCUGAAACCAGGAACCAAACACGAGACCUGGUCUGGACAGAUCAUCAGCUCGUAGGACCGGAGCAGAGGGGAUUGUGGGGACAUAAUAAAAGGACGACUGUACAAGCGAAGCAUCUUGAGAGGGUUUUUGAAUGUUCAAGGGAAGAUGGUGAACACAGAGAAUGUGAUACAUGAGUUUGCAAGAGGAGAUCGGAGUAGACACGCGGUGUGUUUGAAUGUUUAGGCCCAGAAACGGUCUCUACGCAAGUACGCUGCAUAAACGCUUCUAGCUGCACAAGCUCAGAUCUACACAUCAGCAUGUUCUGAAACAUCUCUGAAUGCAGUUUAAAACACAACGCAAGAAUGUGCUACCUGCAGGAAU